AUGGCCACCCCUGGAGAAGGCAACCAACCCAAAGAUGAAGGGGCACCCCAGCUACUGGUGCGGCUGCUGCAGCUUGAGCGCCGGGUGGCCCGCAGACGCCUGUCCCAGGCCCGCCAUCGAGCCACCCUGGCAGGGCUCUUCAGCAAACUUAGGAGUACAGUUUACUGCCAGUCUGAUCUCACAGCCUCCAAGUGGCAGGUACUGAAUAAGGCGAAGAUCCAUAUCCAGGGGCUGGAACAAACCUUGGAUACCUUGCUGAACCUCAAAGGAGCCUUCCACCUGGAAGAUGGGAAUGCCAACACCUUAGAGGAGGUCAAGGAAGAAUAUGCCAGAAUGUACUCUGAGACUGACAGUGUACUCCUAAACAGCUCCCCUCAGAACAGCCCGGCAUGGUUCCGCACUGAGGCCGCCCCGGACGCUAUGGAAGGAGUCAGUGGUGAAGAGAGAGAGGAGGAGGACCACCAGGAAGAAGAGAAAGAGGAGGAGGAGAAGGAGGAGGAGAAAGUGGAUCUCUCGCAGUCCUCUGCCACUUUGAUGCCGGACCUCGUGGAAUUUGAACGGUACCUCAACUUUUACAAGCAGUCAAUGGACCUCCUGACCAUGAACAGCGUCAUCUCCCCUCAGGAAGCGACUCUUCCCAUCGUCUCUGCGGCCAUCUCCCACCUGUGGCAGACUCUCUCUGAGGAGAAAAAAGCUAGUCUCCUGCAGGUGUGGGAGCAGCAGCAGAGCAGCUUCUCGGAGCUCACUGAGGCCUGCCUGGAGAUGGCCUAUGCAGAAGACAGCGUGAAGGACAGUGGAGUGGACAGCCAAGGAGCCAGCUGCUCAACAGAGUCCACCCCAGAAGAGAUCCUCUUUGAAGAUGCUUUCGAUGUGGCAAGUUUCCUGGACAAGAGUGAGGAUCAGCAUAUGUCUAACAUCAGCUCUGUGUUUUCCAACUGCAACUCAGAAAAUGUAGAGGAGAAAUUUCAGCUCUACAUACAGAUUGUCGAGUUUUUUAAAGGCCUCUGCUGUGUUAACACUCCGUCAAAACAGGAGCCAGAUCCUCCGGUGGAUGAUGACGUGAUGCUGCUGAAAUGCCUGGAGACCUUUGAUGAUGAAGAUCUGUGA